AUGGGGGAGCGACUCGGGGACUUCACCACUUUUGUUGAUCCUGCCACGGCUCUGGCACCCAAAGGAGCUGCGGCCUUGCCCGCGACGCUGCUGUCCUUAGCGACGGACUUGUCGAACUUGUUGGCCGCCGCUCCGUCCUUGGCCAACUCCAACUGUGGCAGCGGCUGGCUGUCGGGACCUGCGCAGGACGUGGCUCAAGAACUGGAUGCGCAGGAUGACGUGUUCGCCUUGAUCAACGUGGAUGAUGUGAUGCAGCUGAGCCAGUUCGACUAUCUGCGUCGCUCGGUCGAAGCCCUGAUCUCUGGCGCAGCUUUGGCCUUGCAGGUGGCGACCUUUACCGCGCUGGCGGAGUUCAAUUGCCUCAUGAAGUUUUCACCGCAAAGUGCCGUGGUGUCUGCCAUUGAUGCCGUGCAGGAUGCAGCCAAUGGUGUUCUGGUGAAGCUUCGCACGGCCCUUCCCGCGCCCAGUGGAACGGAUGCCGCCACGCCGCUGAAGCGCUGCUUGUCGGAGCGCGUGCAGGAUGCAGAGGACCGCUUGCCACAGGCCUCGUCUCAGCUGGUUGCGACCAGCGUCCCAUUGCUGUCCUUGGAUUUCUGUGGUCGGCUCUUCAAUGUCACGGCCAGGGAGCUUCUGUCGGUGACGCCCUACGCGGGUGACGUUCCCUACACCUCCAGCACCGAGCUCUUCGCCGCCAGCGGGGAGCAGCGGCACGUGCGGCUGGAUGUGACCAAGGGCCUUUCUUUGCUGGGACCCUUCGCCAGCUAUGUGGAUCGCAGCAGCAGCGACACCAAUGCCUUUACUGUAGGAGACCAGGUGCUGCAACUGCAGGCCGUGCAGGAGAUGACGGUCCGCGCGGCCAAGCCCAUGCCAGAGGAGAACCAAUGCAGUGAUGCGCAGAAGACACAAUUGAUCGUGGAGCAAUCAUCGCAGAUAUGCGCUUUGGCUGGCUGCGACAGCAGCUGUGAGUCAGGCUGCUACAGGCGUUUCGGCUGUGAGGACGGCACCUGCAGUGCAGCAAUACGAAGUCUGUGGGCAGAUGGGGAGACUGAGCAGGUCUGUGAUGCAGUGACGGGGAACCACUAUUUUUAUGCCUAUAAAUGGCCAAACAGCAGUUGUGCAUUUCUCUGCCAAGAGGUGGACCAACGCCCAGUGGGACGUUCAUGCCAAGGUGAAAUUGGCUACUGGUCACCUGUAUGCAACAACUCUUAUCAUGAAUGUGACCUCCCAGCUGGAAUCACAGCGCCGCAGUUCACGGCCGUGGCUAACUUCACCAGCAGCGGCCGCGGCGCCGGCGACGGCUGCGAGAUCACCCUGGCCUUCGUGGCAGCCAAGCCGCCGGCGGAGAGUUUGGCGGUGGCACCGCUGGUUCCUCCUUUCACGGUGGAGACUUUUGUGAACAUCAGUUUGGAUGCCAUCCCGACAGGUGUCACCAGCGUCAGUAGUCUGGCCGUGCUUUUCGGUAGCUUCCCCUCGUGGUACUUGGCACUGAGGCAUGUGAGCGCUGGACAGGCGCAGCUGGUCUUCUACCACAGUCGAGUGACGUUAGCCUCUCACAUCAGUGCUGAGGACAGCAGCAUCGCCUCCAGCAGUUUCUCCUGGGACAACUCCCGGGAGCCUUGGCGACAUGUGGCAGUUACGGUGACCCAAAACGUGGCAUCGAGGCACAACAUCUUCUUCUACGUGGACGGCAGCUUCGUCUCCUCAGGUUAUCGCAGCGUGGCGCACAGCGACAUCUUGGAGGCGCCCUUUGUGGCGCCGGAGCAACGGGACGUCUUCCACGUAGGGCCGGUGAACAUGAAACGUUUCCCUGCGAUGUUGACGUCGGGCAGACCCUACUACGAUCUGCCAAUGUACACUGCGCAAUUGGAUGAGCUGCGCGUCCACCAGGAGGCCCUGGAUACCUUGACGCUGGGCGCGCAGAUCACUGAGCUGCGACGGCUGGCGGCCUGCAACACGCCUUACGAGCAGCGCGAGGGUUCAGCGUGCCAUGCGAAGCCGAGGCUCACACCGCCCAACACCACCUUGGAACAGACCCUGUGCCGUGCGGGCUACGAAGUCUGCCAACGGAUGCCGGGCAUUUGUAUGGAAAGUUGUUCAGGCAACAUGCUGCGGCAAGAAGAUUGUUCCUGUGAUUGUCCUCCCAGCUACUUUCAGACUUGGUUGGUCAGCGCCAUCCAUUUGACAGGCUCUGGCGAUAUCCAGAAUGCCACGGUCUACGACGCGGCGCAUCAGACCUUGGGUCAGCUGGGGCACGUGACGCUGCCGCGGCGCAUCGCGCUGGCCGAUGCCUCCCAGGUGGCUGUGGUCUCUGUGUGGGGCGGUUCCUCAGCAACAAGUGUCUCCCUGGAGGUGGAAACUCCUGCGCCAGAGAGCUUGCGUUUGGUGGUGCCAGGGUUGAGAAAUGUUGCUUUGCAGGCGGAUCGGCCCUCGUUGCUUCACCACCAGAGCGCCGUGGACUUCGACGAUCCCACGCUGAGCUGUGCGCAGUGCCCUGGAGAGGCGCCACGCUCGGUGCUGCCGCGCACAGAUGCCAUGAGUUGCAGAUGUGCUUCAGGCUAUGGUGCCAACUUGCUGGGGAAAUGUGUUCCUGCUGCUGGACCUUUGCAGAAACCAGUGAUCGACCUGCAGAACGGAACAUAUCACACAGCAGGCACGCGAGUUCGCAUGUCUUACCCACCACAGGAUGUGGAGGGCCCAUGGCUCCUAGCCAUUCGAUACGAGUAUGGCACAUUUCCCAACGCCCCGAACUGUGACACGUCCCCCAAGUACGAGGAGCUGGAAGGCGAUAUUUUCGGCCUUGAUAUCAUCAGGCGACAAGAGUCGGUGACGCUCCGUGCGGUGCUGUGUCAUCCAUUGCAUCAGAUCUCCCUGGAAAGCGUGGUGGAGCUCCAUGGGAACGAUCACAUGAACCCUCCACGAUGUGUUGCGUCUGGCAAUUUGUCGACCAGCAGCAGCUAUGCUCUGGAAGUGCAGGUGGAGUUGCUGGUGGAUCAGCAGCCAGAUGCGACCAUUUUCUAUGAGAUCCAAGGGUUCAAUGGUCAAGUCACCUAUGCUUCGCCCUUCAUGCUGACGACUCCCGGUCUGGUCACCGUGAAUUCCUGGGCCGAAAAGUUGGGCUUCGAUUCCAGCAGUCGCACCUUGUGCAGCUAUAGCAUCGAUGCUGUGGCCCGCUUGACAUUGUCGCCCAGCUGGCCCGAUCCGUCGCCGCUGCUGGGCUUCAGCAGCAGCGAUGCAGCUUUCCUGGUGGAACGUGACCUUGAGAAUUUUGCCUUUGUUUUGGAGGUGCCUGGGGUCUCUGACACCUCUUCGCUGCAGCUCGAGUUUCGUCUUUGGCGUGGUGCUCUGGGUGUUGGUGCCUGGACUGCGGUGCCAGCCAACGGUGCCAUGCACUUGAAGCUGUCGGAGCAACUGGAGGCACCGAACAAAACCACUUUACUGCAGAUCGAUUGGAGGCUCAAGGAGCCGGGAUACGUGUGGACGACCCCAGGCUCUGUGCGUUUGCUGGUGGUUCGAACACGCUCCGAGGUUCCCAGCAUUUUGGCGGAAGCCACUGUGCCGUGGCAGCUGGGGGACCACUGGAGCUCGGGGCCUUUGCGGGAGGUGGCCAUGCGGCAGACUCACACGGUGCAGCUGGUGCAGCCGAACCCUUCAGCACGGGUCUUAUUUUCCGUUCGUGCAGAGAUUGGACAAGCAGAGGCUUCAGCCGCUGCAUUGCUGACCAUGAACCCUUCGAACUUCACGUCUCUCACCGUAGGUAGCGUGCUGGAGCACUUCGUCUCCUCCGUACCCAGUGCUGGGAUGCUUCCGGAGGACAUGGUCAGCGCCUGCGGUGGAACCGCUCCGCAGGUCUUGGCCGUGGAAGUGCCAAAACUUUGCGACUACCUGGGGCCCUUUGAGGUUCUUGGUGGAGCAGUGGUGACGGCCUAUGCCAUCGUUGCAGGUGAGUUGGAAAGUCCUGCCGCCACACUGCUGGUGCCCAAAGAGUUGGAACCCAGUGCAACGGAUUUGACCUUCCAAGCCCUUGCGGAGGCGUCUGGGAAUGUGCUGAGUAUCACCUCCCAGUUGCAGGUGCUUCCAUCGGUCUCCACGUCCUUUAGCUUUUCAGUGGCUUUCCUUCGUUGCGCCGUGGGGAUUGAGAAGGGGGUUGAAGGCAAGGCUGGUCGCUGCUCAUUGAUUCAAGAUCCGUCAGAUGACCCAGACUAUCCUGGUUACCAGGGCAGCCUGAACAGCAAGAGCCUUACAGAUUGCACCUGGCUGCCCUACAACGGCCCGCGGAAACUCUACUUGCAAAACCUCCUCGCUGAGGUGGAGUCAAUUGGCGAUCUGACGCUGAAUGUCACAGUGCUCACCACUGUCAGGCGGCCUGGAUAUCUUUGGUCCUAUCCCUUGUCCAAGACCUUCCUAUGGCUCCGCGAACGCACGCCUUUGCCCAAAGUGCUUCAGAUCUUGGAACCUGGAGCGGUGGCGCCUAAGGCCAUGGUAUGGCUCCAGGAGGGUUUCUCGCUGGCGGAGUGUUUCUUCACCCUGCACUAUGAGCCCUUGGACUUGAAUGAUGUUCCUUCACCCUUCUUGGUGGAGGUGCCUUCCGUGACCGCCAGCGUGGUCACGCUGCCCGAAGCCUUUCGUCCAACGGCCUUCCGCAGCGCGCUGCAUGGGCCAGACACCUGGAGGAGUGACGUGGAGCUCUGCGCCUGGCCACAGAUCUGUGAGCUGCCGAUGAACGGUACCCUGCCGGCUGAGCUCAUUGCUGUCCCUGCGGGCUACACCAGGCUGUGCGCGUGGUCCCUUUGGCAAGGCUAUUUGGAAUCUGCCCCUGCCUGUGAGCUCAUGAGCUCCACCCCCAGCAUUCUGGCGGAGCCCAGCUUUGCCCCAAGUGAAGUGGAUGUCCAAUCCCUCCCGGCGCCAGUGCAGACUGUGGUGCUGGUACCUGAACAGGUUGGAAGAGAUUCCACCUUGCGUCUGGAGCUUCUCCGACCUCGCACCGAGCCCACCAAUGCCACCAACGGCCGAAGGUUGUCCAGCGAGUCCAUGCCGCUGUUUCUGCCACGGACACAUCCCUUGCAGUACCGCUGGGCCUCGGCCGCCAUUGACAGCAGUGUAUUGAUGCAACCUGGCAUGACUCAAAGUACCUUGACCGCCAACAUGCAGUUCUCUUCUUGGAUGGAUUUGGGUCUGGCAGCAGACACGCCCUUAGUGCCUCUGCCGCUGCGUCAGAUCUCAGAUCACGUCCUUUUUGUGGUCGAUGUGCGAUUGCUGACAGGCGUGAACCGUUGGAGUGCCGAGACGCGCACAGCAGCACUGAUGAUGUUAGGAACUGAGCCAGCAGCAUCGCUGUCCCAUGUGGGUCGUAGCGUUGUGGUCGACACUGGUCCUGGGAACAGCAGCAUCUACUUCAAGUGGCUACAAGGUGACAUUGUAUCUUCCUUUGGAGCCGAGUUGGUUCAGUCGCAAGCGGGCGCGAUCUCCGUGGCAACUGCCUUCGCACUGAAUCCUGAAGCACAGUUGCACGACUCCAGCGAUACCUCCUUUUGCACAGUGACAGAAGAUUCAGCUACGGCACAACGACAGUUUUGUAUGGCGGAAGCACCUUUGACCUUGAGCAUUCCAAGCAUCGGACGUUGGACGCUGUGGACCGUCGCCAAUAGUGCCGGGCUUCACGGCUCAGCGGUGACGUCACUGAUGGUGGGGCAGAUGUGUCAAGCUCCUAUGGAUGUAGCCUAUGCCAUGAGCGUCAGCUGUGUCGAAGGUCCUCUCGUUGAAAGCGGAGCCGCCUGUACGGCGUCGUGUCAAGCGGGUUAUUCAUCUUCAGUUCCACAGCUGCUGUGCAAUAGCGGGAUUUUGACGCCUUUGCAAUUCGCAUGCGCAGAAGAUCCCUGUAUGGCUCCGAGCAAUGUCACGUUUGCCAGCAGCAGCUGUUUGGAGGGGGACACCAUGGCGCCAGGCGGCAGCUGUACGACCCAGUGUGCUGCUGGCUAUACGCCUUCCAUCAGUCGCCUCAGUUGCUCCAGAGGUCGUUUGAGCCCCAGCAGCUUCAUCUGCAACGAGGCGGAGUGCGAAUCGCCCGAGGUGAUCUAUGGCGCGAGUCCCAGUUGCAGUGGUUUGCCGCGGGUGAAGUCCAGGGAAAGCUGUUCCCCUCAGUGCCAGGAUGGCUAUGUGGCCUCUCAGAGCCUGUUGCAGUGCCUUCGCGGGAAGUUGGAGCCUGAGAGCUUCGUCUGUGAGCCAGGUGUCAACGUUGAUGUGGGGAUCAUCAUUGCCAGUGUGCCAAGCACGUUACUGGCUGGUUCUUUGGCGCUGGUCGCGGCCUACUGCUUCCGGGGACCCAAAGCCGUGGAAGAGAAAGAAGCCAGUGAUCCUUUGAAAGAAUGGUGGCAGUGUGUCAAAGAAGUGGAGCCUGGGAUUUGCGUCUUCUGCGGCAAACAGCCCGAAGAGUUGGAAACCAGGUACGAGGAUCAUGGACCGGCAACACUCUUCAGGUCCUGCCAUUCCUGCGCUGCCUUGCUGGGAUUCGAAGUGGAUGAGGAGGAGGAACAGGAUGAGCUGGCUGCGGAAGAAUUGAAGGUGGAAGUGGAAGAUGACCAGGAAUCGAAAGAACCAGCAGGCUCAGGUGACGCUGGCGGCAACCGGGAAGAGCGGAACACGCUGCCACGUCCAGCUCCAUUGAUGGAACUGAGCCUUGGGACCCUGGGCAGCCGCAGUUCUAGAGGAUCCAUCAGUGAUGCAGUGAAGGGACUACAGGAGAACUUUCUGCAGGAAAUGGGCGACGGCGACAAGGAAGUUCCAGAAGCGCAGCAAGAGCCGCUAUCAGAGAGGCCAGCGCGGCCAGAGUCCCCACGAGAGCGGCUUGAAACGGUGGUUGAAGGCACGCAUUUAGGUGAGACGCUGGAGACGCGGGAGACGCUGCACAGGUCUGAGGAAGACUCUCCGUACAGGAGCACCCAGAGAGAACUGGACCCGUCACGGCGAUCACAGCGGGAACGUAUGGAAAGAAUGUCCUUGGCAGACUGGCAAGAUUCCCCAGAUGAGAGGUCUGCGGAUCUGCGCCAAGUUCCACCUGUCGAAGGCACUUCGCGUCGCUCAGAGGCUCGGGUCCGCCGGCCCCGAACGCUGACGGUGGAUCGAACCUCCUUGGCCGAUUGGCACGACGACAGGGAGCCGGAGCCACGAGCGCGCUACUCCACACAGGAGACGAUUGGUCCCCGCUCCAGACGUUAUGAGGAGCCACGGCGGUCUCGAAGGGAUGGCACUCAGGAGAGAAACCGGCAUCAAGGACGCUCAGAUUCCGGCGCUGACGAGCUGCGGGAGCUGCGACAGAGUCGCCUGCGGUCAUCGCGGCGCGGCACUUCGAACAUGUGA